UCUUGAAUGAGGGUGCAUCUCACCUGGUGCACCACUUACAGAUAAACAACAAAAUGUCCUGCAAUGCCACAAACUCCAAUGCCACAAACUCCAGUUGCAAAGAGGAAAUCCACCAGGGUGUGUGCUAUGCUUCAGUGUUUCUAGUGGGGUUUCUACUAAAUGCUGCUGCUCUGCGUGCUUUCAUCGCCAAGUGGGACUCCUGGAAAGACACCCACAUCUACAUGUUCAACCUGGCAAUAGCAGACUUUGCCCUCAUCCUCUUCCUUCCCUUCAGGGUUUAUGAUGCCUUCUUCUGCCUCCCAAAGAAUUACUUCUGUACUUUCCUCAUUUUUAUUCAUUUCAUCAACAUGUACGCCAGCAUCAUGACCACGACAGUCAUCAGCGUCCAGCGGUACCUGUCUGUAAGGUUCCCACUGAAGGUCAGAUUAUGGAGGAAGAAGAAACAGAAGGCUGUUGCUGUGUGCCUGGUCAUCUGGGUGAUUCUGGUGACCUUAUGUGCUAUAUUUCAUAGGGAGAACAGUCCUCAAAACCUCUGGACGUGUUUUGAAAGAUGUAAAGAUAAACGAUUGACGGUAUUCUCUAUGGUGCUUCUGGUUUUUGUAGGGUAUGUCACUCCGCUCCUGAUCAUUGUUUUCUGCUCUACUCGGAUCAUCUGCAUUUUGUUAAAGCUGCAAGACAAGUCUGAGAAAAUUAAAAAUGUGGUUGGCAUGGUAACAGCAAACAUGGUUGUGUUCAUCAUGUGCUACACGCCGAUCCACAUUGCCUUUGUUGUUAACUACUUUUAUGAACCACCUCAAGACUGGAAAACUAGAUAUUUGUACAGUCACAACUUUCUAAUCUGGUCUGAGUGGUUUGCUUCCACCAACUGCUGUUUGGAUUCCAUCAGCUACUAUUUUUUACUGAAACAAUUUUAUUCUUGAGCCUUUGAACAUUGAAAAAAAAGGGAGAAAAAGAAAAAUGACCCACACUUCCUGAACAGCACACAAUCUUGGAUAUUAUUUUCAGACAAUUGUCAAUCUUAUGGAGAUAUUCCACAACUUAACUAAAUGGUUCAGUAAUCUUUUUACUCCUCAGAGCAGCUUUACAAGCUCAUUGUGUGUUUCUGCAGAAAACUGAAGUCAUAAAGAAGUGGAAUGAAAUGGUAACAAAAAAAAAUACUAUUAAGUAGGCUAAUUGUUGUUAGCAUGUGAUGGAUGGCAGUAGUGUGCAUGUGUAAUGUGUUUGUAUCUAUUGAACUGAUUUAUUUCUAUUUGUUUCAUAAUACAAUUUAUUUACUGAAUUGGCAUAACUGUUUAUUUAUUUGGAGCACACAUAGAAAGACACUCUGUUAACGAGGUUAUUUUCUUAUGGAUAUUUUGAUUGAAUCUGUUUUUUUUAGUCCUGUAUGAUACAUUUACAUUAACAUUUAAAACAAGGGAGUUAGAGGAAUAUUCUUAUUUAGUAAUGAAUUAGAAAAAAUCAGAUUUUAUUAUUGUGUUUUUAUAACAUUUUGUUGUCUUCAUAUUUUCUUUUUUUUAUGAAUAUAAAAUAAUUUGAAUGUACAGCAUUUUGAUCAACAAUUGUUUCUAAAUGAACUGUAAAAACAUAGUUUGGAAGAGAAUUGCUCAAUUUCCAGUCAAACUAUGCCAAUUUGCUUAUAAUAUAUUGUGAUAUAUGAGUUGUAUUCCUUCCUAUGGAAAAAAUAAAUUAAUAAAAUGUUGUUUUUCUAAAGCAUCAAGUCUCAAAUUGUGGGCC